UGUGUGCCUCUGCUCAUGAGCACACCUCUGCCAACUUCGCUAACCAAUCUAAGGUUUGGCGACCAAUUCAUGGAAUCAAUCACACCGGGCAUUCUACCAACGACACUAAAGACAUUGAGGCUCGGAGAGAUGCAACAACUUGAUGGCUUUCAACCAGGUGGAUGGCUUCCAGAAUCAUUGGAAUCACUAAGAUGGUAUAUCAAAGAGAGGCGGCCGAUCAUACCAGGUUUGCUGCCUGAACAUCUUGCACACUUCCACUAUGGUGGGUUCUCUAACAUGUUUAUCCGGCCUGGAGUUCUACCGAGAUCACUUACCUCGUUGGUGUUGGGUGUUCAGUUCAACCAACCUCUGCCGGCAGGCUCGCUACCAGACUCAUUGAUCAAACUUACUAUGGGUUACAGUUAUUCGCAACCUUGUAAGAAUGUUGUAUUGCCUCCAUCACUAGAGACACUGGCAGUGGAGACCUUUAAUCAGGUGGUCUAUGCAGAGAGACAUAGGACUGGGUCGAUCAAGUCGAUGGAGGUUAUUGGUUCAAUCAAACCAGGAAGAGUGGUUCGAAAAAGACAAAUAUCGAUCAAACUAGAUACAUUGUCAUUGACACGAAAUACCUACUAUAGUCCUGGACGAAGUCUACAUCAGUUGGCAUCAUCUCUACUGUUCACAGCUCCACGUGUGGCAACAAUUAAUAUACGAUGUGUUAUGGAUGAUCUGGACAGUAUACAGUUGAGAAGGCUUGGAUCACCCUCUGCACUGGUAAUCAUGAGGCGGAAUAAGAAAAUUCAUGGAUGGACUGAUCAAAAUGAUAUUCGAGUAAUGUUUAUUGAAUCAGGUCUAUCACCACCUCGUCGUAGAGUUGGACCAAGGGCAAUCAAGAGAUCUGGACUAUUAUCCAAAACAUAUAAUCAUUAUCAAUAUCGUUGGAUACCAAAGUUACAAUCAAUUUGGGAAGAAUACUUCUUUAUAUGGAUCGUAUUAAUCUUAAUUCUGAUCAAGGAACUCUUU